AAAUUUUUAAGAAUUUUAAAAUCAUGAUUAUAAUAGUGAAGUAAGAAUCGUCUGAAGGUCGAUUUUAAGUAAACUUCAAGACGUAUUCAAAUACGACAAUUUCAGAAAGUUUCAUUGGAUAAAAGAGUAGGUAUUAAUAACUAUAUAGGCUUACAAAACCGAUUAAAGUCUCCGUGGGUCAGUUAAAGACGUACGUCAGUUAUUAAAGCACGAAAUCAUGCGUCUGUCUGCUUGCGGUCGACUCGUUUGGAGUUUCUAGAGAACGCAUAUGAAUAACACGUAUGAGACCGCACACUUCUAAACACGGCACAAACAUUGUUUUAUCAAUAACUGUGAGUCAUUUACGGUCGGCGACCUAGGCCACGCCGCCGUCGGCGUAUAAAGCCACGUCGGAAUUCAUUAUCUCCUUUAAUCGACGCAUCGAGUCGACUCGUAUACGUCGAUCAUAAGUAUAUAGGUAUACUUGUGUUUGAUUCAUAUUAAAGUUUUAUCGACGUCACUAGUCAUCGCGGCGACAGGGACGCGACGCAGGAGGAGGACAUCGAAAAAAUCCGUUUGGAACAAUAAUAACUGCAAAAACAACGACACAAUAGCCAUGUGCAGCCGCUCGUGAAGACCGUAUUUUAUUAUCCUGUUGCGGUACGGUCGGAGCGCAGUGGCCGCGCGUUCGUAUCAAGACCACGACUUUAAAAAAAAAAUAAAAAAUCACUGAAAUUCUCAUCGUCCCGACUACCUUCCCUGUAACUCGUCGGAUCGCCUCGCGAUGACGACCGUGUCCGCCGCGAUGCAGCUACUGUUCGAGCUGGCGACCAGCUGGUGGACGGUCGGGUUCCUGGCGACGUUCACGGCCCUCGCAUAUCACUGGUCCACGGCCACGUUCGGCUACUGGCGCGACCGGGGCGUGCCGUACGUGCGGCCCACGGUGCCGCUGUUCGGCAACAUAGGCAGCAGGGCGCUGGGCACCGAACACCAGAUCCGGAUGUUCGGCCGGAUCUACGACGCGUUUCGCGGUCACCCGUACGUCGGCAUGUACCAAAUGCGUACGCCAUACCUGUUGGUGUGCGACCGGACGCUGGUGAACCGCGUGCUGAUCGGCGACUUUGCUCACUUCACCGAUCACGGGAUACACACGGAUGGCCCGGAAGAGAACCCGCUGGCCAACGGGCUGUUCAAAAUGAGGGGCGCCAAGUGGAAGGUGAUGCGGCAAAAGCUCAGUCCCGUGUUCACGGCCGGCAAGCUGAGGCACAUGCGCGGCCAGGUGGCCGCCUGCAGCGAGCAGCUGAUGCGCAACGUGGCCGCCGACGUGCCGGCCACGGGCGGGCCGAUAGAAGUGCGCGACGUGCUCGGAAAGUAUUCCACCGACGUGAUCGGCACGUGCGCGUUCGGACUGCAGCUGAACGCCAUCAGCGACGAACAGUCCGAGUUCCGCCGGAACGGCAAGGCCGUGUUCCAGCCUUCGUUCCGCAUGCUGAUCAAGGACCUUAUCUGGCUGAUCUCGCCGGCCCUUCGGCGUGCGAUCCGUGUCAGCGACUACCCGCAGGAAGUCGUCCAGUUCUUCAUGGCCGCGUUCACCGAUACGAUGCGGUACCGGCAGGAGCACGGCCUGGUCAGGGACGACCUCAUGCAGUCGCUGAUCCAAGCCAGGACCGACCUCGUCGUCAACAAGACCGAACCGUCAGUGACAUUCUUAGAGACGGAUAUCGUGGCCAAUGCAUUUGCUCUAUUUGCUGCUGGUUUUGAAACAGUGUCUACGGCAAUGAGUUUUUGCUUGUACGAACUAGCAUUGAAAAAACCAAUACAAGACAAAGUACGAGAAGAAAUGAAUGCGACAAAGAUUAAACAUAGUGGUGAUAACGAUGAAUUUCUAAAAGAAUUACAUUACUUGGAAAUGGUAUUAGCUGAAACAUUACGAAAGUAUCCACCAUUAAUAACACUAAUUAGAGAAGCAACGAAGGAUUACCAAGUGCCCGAUGACACUUUAGUAAUUGAAAAAGGAACAAAAGUUCUUAUUCCUGCGUAUGCUAUUCAUCACGACUAUAGAUAUUAUCCUGAUCCAGAAACUUUCGAUCCUGAACGGUUCUCACCUGAAGAAAAAGCUAAAAGACCAAAUGGAACUUAUAUGCCAUUUGGCGAUGGACCUCGCUUAUGCAUAGGAAAACGAUUCGCUGAAAUGGAAAUGAAAUUAGCGUUAACUGAACUUUUGACCAAAUAUGAAGUGGAACCAUGUGAUAAAACCGAUAUUCCAAUGAGAUUCAGUCAAAAAUCUUUAUUAAUAGCACCAGAAAAUGGCAUUUGGAAUAUUCAGACCCUACUGCUCGAGCUGGCCACCAGCUGGUGGACGGUCGGAUUGCUGGUGUCGUUCGCGGCCAUCGCGUUCCACUGGACCACGGCCACGUUCGGCUACUGGCGCGUCCGGGGCGUGCCGUACGUGCGGCCCACGGUGCCGUUGUUCGGCAACAUGGCCAGCAUUGCGCUGGGCACCGAACACCAGGCUCGCAUGUUCGUCCGGAUCUACGACGCGUUUCGCGGUCACCGGUACGUCGGCAUGUACCAGAUGCGCACGCCGCAUCUGUUGGUGUGCGACCCGGCGCUGGUGAACCGCGUGCUGAUCGGCGACUUUGCACACUUUACCGACCACGGGCUGUACACGUCCGGCCCGGACGAGAACCCGCUGGCCAACGGUCUGUUCAACAUGUCGGGCACCCAGUGGAAGGUGAUGCGGCAAAAGCUCAGUCCCGUGUUCACGGCCGGCAAGCUGCGGCACAUGCGAGGCCAGAUAGCCGCCUGCAGCGAGCAGCUGAUGCGCAACGUGGCCGCCGACGUGCCGGCCACGGGCGGCUCGAUGGAGGUGCGCGACGAGCUCGGAAAGUAUUCCACCGACGUGAUCGGCACGUGCGCGUUCGGACUGCAGCUGAACGCCAUCAGCGACGAUCAGUCCGCGUUCCGCCGGUACGGCAAGACCUUGUUCCAGCCGUCGUUUCGAUUCCUGUUCAAAGAGCUAGCCUGGCUGAUCUCGCCGGCCUUUCGACGCGCGCUCCGCAUCAGCGACUUCCCGCAGGACGUCGUCCAGUUCUUCACAGACGCGUUUACCGACACGAUGCGGUACCGGCAGGAGCACGGCCUGGUCAGGGACGACCUCGUGCAAUCGCUGAUCCAAGCCAGGACCGACCUAGUCGUCAACAAGACCGAACCGUCGGUGACAUUCUUAGAAACAGAUAUCGUGGCCAAUGCGUUUAUUCUAUUUGCCGCUGGUUUUGAAACAGUGUCUACGACGAUGAGUUUUUGCUUGUACGAACUAGCAUUGAAAAAACCAAUACAAGACAAAGUACGAGAAGAAAUGAAUGUGACAAAGAUUAAACAUAGUGGUGAAAUUGACGAUGAAUUUCUAAAAGAAUUACAUUACUUGGAAAUGGUAUUAGCUGAAACAUUACGAAAGUAUCCACCAUUAAUAACACUAUUUAGAGAAGCAACAAAGGAUUACCAAGUUCCCGAUGACACUUUAGUAAUUGAAAAAGGAACAAAAGUUCUUAUUCCUGCGUAUGCUAUUCAUCACGACUAUAGAUAUUAUCCUGAUCCAGAAACUUUCGAUCCUGAACGGUUCUCACCUGAAGAAAAAGCUAAAAGACCAAAUGGAACUUAUAUGCCAUUUGGCGAUGGACCUCGCUUAUGUAUAGGAAAACGAUUUGCUGAAAUGGAAAUGAAAUUAGCGUUAACUGAACUUUUAACCAAAUAUGAAGUGGAACCAUGUGAAAAAACAGACAUUCCAAUGAGAUUCAGUAGCAAAACUAUAGUUUUUACACCAGAGAAUGGCAUUUGGUUAAAAUUUAAACCAAUAAAUACAAAUACCUAAUUAGUACAUAAAACUUGAGCCUAAAAAUUUUUAAAUAAGAAAACGUGGUGGGUCAAAAAUAUAUUAUACCAUAGCAGUAUAGCACACAAAACAUUUAUUAUCUUAUUGAAGAAUACUCAGACUGUUAAGAAAUGGUUAUUUUCUAAACAUCCCCUGUUAAUAUAUUACGUAUUGUUUACAAAUUACUGAAAAACACAAUAAAUUACAAUUUAAGUUUGUACAAUAAUCACGAUACUUCUGUAUUAGUUUACUAUAUUAAUUAGUGUAAAUAUCAAACAUAAUAUUAUAUUUUAUUAACUUGAAAAAAAUAUUUCAUAAAAAUGUAAAAAGUGUAAUUUUUUAUUAUUUAAUUUAAUAAUAUUUGUAUAAAAUUAUAAUAAUUGCAUUAUAAUCUGGGCAUCAAGUGUAUUGUUACUUUACAGACUUUACACAUUUAUAUAAUUUUAUACCUGAAAAAAUAUUAAAUAUUCUAGAAAGAAUAUUAUUAUUUAUCAAUAUUUUAUUAUAAAUAUGUGAUUAAAUAUUUUUUUUUUUCAAAAUUAAUUUUUAUGACGAUUAAAUUUAGCAAUUAUACAAUUAUUAAAAAGUAUAUUUUUAGCUGGCUAACAUUAACAUCGUCUCUUACGCACCUAUAUAUUUUAUACAUAGAAUUAUAAAUACCUACCUAUACCAUACGAAUUAAAAAUUUAUUUAAAUUUAAAAUGUAUUCAGUGGUUAUCAAUCCUUAUACAAAUUAAAUAUAUAUUUCAUUAAUAAUCAACCUUUUAUUUUUAAACCUGAAAUUUUCUGUUUAUAAUAUAAUAAUUUAUAAAUCCAUAUAGAAGUAAGUGCCGUAUCAACACAAUUAUAAAGGAUCAAUCAAAAUAUUAAUUGCUUUUUAUUUGCAAAAAUUAUAUUUCUACAUUGUAAUUUAUUAUUUCAAUUCAGAUAAAGUACUUAUAGUUCAUAGUUGUACUUAAUUUUAUUUUCUAGUGUAGUUCAAUUGAAUUGGAUAACUAGAAAAUAUAUAUAGUAGUUAGAUGUAGAACAGUACUAAUUGAAGCUCCUUAGUCCUUACUUCCUUACGAAUUUAUUUGAUACACUAAAUAGUUUUUGUUUACAAAAAACUACAAUAUAACAAUAACAACAACAAAAACUCGACGCUACAUUAUUCAUUAAACCCAAAGUAAGCUUAGUUAAUCAUGCAAUCUUAUAACUUAUAAAUUAGAAACCAUAUUAUCUAUACUGAGAUAAAACUAUACUCGUAUAUCCUUUCUAUGACCCCUACUAAUGCUCUUUAAUGUCAUUUAAUAAUGAUAAUAUACCUUAAUUUUUUUAACUCUAGUAAUGUCUUUUAAAACUAUUAUUAUUAAAUUCAUAAUUUUCACCCCAUUAUCAAGGCCUGAAGGAAAUUAUAAAUUAUGUAAAAAAAAAAUGUUUAUAAAAAAUAGUUUUAUUUUAGUAUUUUAAGAAAUUAAAAUCAAAAAAAGGUAGUCAAGUGGUACCAGUCUGCCUAUAUAUUAUUUUUUAUUUUAUUUUUUUAGAAUAUACGGGCAAGGCCCUUUUUUACAUAGACAACAGGUUUACAAAGAUAGUAUUAUGUAACAAUGACAACACUAAUAUAGAAAAAUUAAAUUGUAAUUUAAAGAUCUAUCAUUAUAUGUUUAUGUGUGUAGCUAUUAAAGUCAUUUAUUUUACUUUUAGUAUUACGAAUUAAUAUAAAAAGAAAAAAAUGAAAAUUUUAACAUAUGAUGAAAAUGAAAAUAUAAGCAUUUGGCGAAGA